AUGAAACGUAGUAGCGAAUACGGAAAUCAAAAUCACGAUAAUAGUAUUAAAAAGCCACGUUUCGCAGGACAAGGUUACAACAGUAACUAUACAUUACCAGGAGGUAUGAGAAGUGACCUUUCACAAGGGUCUUCUAGUACUGAUAUAUAUUAUCAAAAUCCACCGGUUGGUCCAUCUUCAAUGAUGAUGAGCAAUCCUUCCUACUCUCAAGGUACUGCGGGGUUUCACCAUCAUCCUGGACAUUCAAGUGGUCAUUUUGCUAGUAUGAAUGCUUACCAUCAAGCCGUCCCCUCUCAAUACGCAGCUAUGAAUCAAUUCACUCCCAGCGUAAAUAGUAUGGUCCCUCAGUUUACCAGUGCUUUCUCUGGCGCGCAGUUUCCUUCCUCUUACCAACAAGCAGCCGUUAGUACCGCUACUGCAAACGCAACUGGUCGCACUGUAUAUCUCGGUAAUCUUCCAGCGGAGGUUGAUAUCGAAGAAAUGAUGAAUCAAGUUAGAGUAGGUCCAGUCGAAUCGGUUCGAAUCCUUAACGACAAGAGCUGCGCCUUUAUCUCGUUCAUGGACGGUGCAGCUGCCAUGCUAUUUUAUCAAGAUGCAUCCACGCGUAAAAUAGUUCUUAACGGUCAAGAACUUAAAGUUGGGUGGGGCAAGCCUUCUCCCGUUCCUAUAACUGUUCAGGUAGCUGUUAAUGCUCAAAAUGCCUCGCGUAAUGUUUAUUUAGGGAACCUGGAUGAAUCCAUAACCGAGGCUACUUUACGCGAAGAUUUGUCUAAAUAUGGCACGAUUGAGAACGUUAAAAUUGUCAGGGAAAAAAAUAUCGGAUUUGUUCAUUUUAUGUCCAUAUCUAAUGCAAUGAAAGCUGUACAAAUACUUCCAACCGAACCAAAAUAUGCCGGCAAAAAAGUUAACUAUGGUAAGGAUCGAUGCGCACAGAGGUCUGGAAACGGAGUAACACCGCAAUAUGCGUUUCCGGCUAGUUCCCUUAGUUUUCAAAGUUUUGGCAGUGCAGCUAUGGGUUUUGGUUUUGACCCAUAUCAUUCUGCUUCUGUCGCUGCCUCAAGUCAUAUUGAUAAUGGUUCUGAACUGCGUAGUCCUACAAGUCCUUUGUUCUCUUCCGCUUCUUCUGCAGCUGGUAGUACGGCUUCAGGAUCAGCUGCUGGAAAUCGAACUGUUUAUCUUGGAAAUAUUCAUCCAGACACAACUUGUGAAGAAAUAUGCAAUGUUAUCCGAGGAGGAAUUCUUCAACAAAUUCGUUAUAUGCCAGAAAAGCACAUCGCUUUUGUGACUUUCAUUGAUUCUAGUUCAGCAAAUAGUUUCAUGUAUAUUGCACAACAAACAGGUGUGGUUAUCAAAAAUCGACGGCUUAAAGUUGGAUGGGGAAAGAAUCCGGGACCGUUACCUGGUCACAUUCAAUUGGCUGUAAGCACUCAAAGUGCCUCACGCAAUGUUUAUGUUGGACAACUCGAUGAUAAUAUCACCGAAGAAAAACUUCGACAAGACUUUUCUGAAUAUGGCGAUAUUGAGCUGGUGAACAUUCUUAAAGAGAAGAGUUGUGGUUUUGUCAAUUUUACUUCUAUUAUGUCCGCCAUCAAAGCCAUUGAUCAAAUUAAGCUGAAGGACGAAUAUAAAAAGUAUCGGAUUAAUUAUGGUAAAGAUCGUUGUGGUAAUCCACCAAGAGGCAUUACAAUUGGUGGAAUUAACAAUGGUAGUGUUAUGAAGAAUAGUAAGGGACGUAACAAUGGCGAAUCCGAUGCUAGAGUUCUUCAUGCUGGAGAUACUUCGGAAUCUGAUGGUAGGAAUAUUGAUAGUAUCGAAGACGAUGGUGUAGAAGUUGAUGACGAAUAG